AUGGCUAAAUCCCGUGUUCCUGCUCUGGGUGUUUACCAGCUUACGAGCGUGGGGCUCUCCCGCCGCACGCAACCGGGGCCCUCGUUCAAUAUCCGUCGACAGUGCCCUGCCUUGCCCAAACCUGGGAUGACCGUUGGAUCCAAGCACUACCAGGCCUUCCUUGCUACUCAGGUCCUGCCGCUGCGCCGCCUGUGCUGUCCUAGUCUUUCAUCGCUCGGCUGCAUGGAACACCCUCGCUCGGAACUGAUAGCACAGACGGGCUGGUGCUGCAACCAAGCUGCAAAACAACACCUGCUGAGCCUGCGACUUUAUUCAAAAGUGCUUCUCGACGUCCAGUGCUGCUGCUGCCCUCCCAAGACAGCUGUUGCCCCUGCCCCAGUCCAUCUUGCCGCUCGUUUUUUGGGACUGUCCAGCCGUUCUUCGCACGCUUGCACAUGCGCACACCACCUGGCCAGCCCUCCCACCUCGUUGCUCGCUGCAUCCUCUCCCACUCCCUCAUCGCCCAGAGCUCUUUCGUUUUCCACUGUACCGUCCAACCGGCCUGUUCCAAGACGGUCCAGCUCACAUCCAGCACAUCAUCACUACUUUCAGGGGUUUCUCACGGGCAGCAGCAGCGGGAUCCACCGACACUUGGUCAACAAGCGAAAGAUACUAGUCUUGGAUGUAACCGUGGCUACAAAAGAAGUAAUACCCCCAGACACUCUUGCCAUUGGCUACACUAGAGCUUGUUCGCAUGAUCCACGCCGCCUUCGUUCAUUCCCUUAG